UUUCUCUAAUGUUAAAAGAAAGUAAAGGGUAUAUUUAUUUUUAAAUUUUAAUAUUGAUCGACUUUUAUUUGCGUCCAACGAAAGAGAAGAAGAUAAUGGUGGUGGUCCACUGCCACGCAUCAUCACCGUACCUCCGAGAUCCCCACCAUUCGGCCCUCCAUUACCUUCUCCGGAGAGCUCCCCCGUCACCUCCCAUCAUCUAUGCAACAUCUCCUCAACCCUUAUCUUCUUCUUCGCCUUCUGCAGCAAGUACAAGGAGAACGCUAUUAGUGUCCAUAGCAACCACCAGUUUUUCUUCACUAAUCUUGUCACCUCCUUCAAAAUCCGCCACUAACACCGAGUUUUUCGACCUCCCUAACUCCGGUGGUGUCAAGGCCUUGGACCUCCGAGCUGGCACUGGCGCAACCCCCGUCGAUGGAGACCAGGUUGCAAUACAUUAUUAUGGAAGGCUGGCAGCAAAGCAAGGGUGGCGGUUUGAUUCCACUUAUGAUCAUAAAGAUAGCACUGGAGAACCAAUUCCCUUUGUCUUCACCCUUGGCUCCGGCAAAGUAAUUUCUGGGAUCGAAUCGGCUGUUAGAUCAAUGCAAGUAGGUGGAACUCGUCGAGUUAUCAUUCCUCCCUCCCAAGGAUAUCAGAACACUUCGCAGGAGCCUAUUCCCCCUAAUUUCUUUGACAGACAGAGGCUGUUUACCACCAUUUUCAACCCGACCCGUCUUGCCAAUGGAGAAGGCUCAACAUUGGGUAUAAUAUUUGAUAUUGAGUUGAUCAGCAUAAGGCAUUAGCAAACUCAACUUCCAUCUCAUAGCACUCUGUUCAAACACCCAUGUUUUAUUGCAAACAUCCAAGCAUGGAGAUGAUUUUCAUUUCCUCUGCUUCUAGAACUAUUGUUCCCCUCAUUGUUAAUCCGAAGUGAGAAGAAAUUUCUCAAUCGGUUGAGAGUAGUAGCAAGAAAAAGAUUCUUGUCCUACUUUGUUUCUUGUGAGAAUUCGGAUUAACCGACUAAGGAUGCGAAUAUAACAAAUCCUCAGAGAUUCCAUGUUUCAGGCAGUCUGAUGUUAGCUUUUGUAAACUUAAAAAAGGUAUCCAUAUGCGAAAAUCAAAUCAAAAUAAGCACUUUGCAGGAUUCCAGUAUUAUUUUCUUUCUUAACCACUGCUGUAUUCCCCAAUAACAUUGUUUCCGAAAUGGAUUAAAUUCAAUGAAGUCAGCCAUGUAGUAAGUUUAA